UUCAAAUGUGGUUAGAACGUCUGAGAUGAGGUGAAAUCGAUUGUAAAGUUUUUGUUGUUUUCUUUACAUUUUUCUUCAACAAAGGAUACCAGAACUGAAAUAUGGCAUCAUCAACACCAAAUAGCGCAGAAGAGCUGUAUGACGGUAUCAGACGGUACAUCAGCAAACUGGAGAAGCUGUGGACAGAGAUCGGUAUAGAUGAGCAGCAGCAGAGUGACCGUCGCUCGACAGUGUAUUACCACCUGCAGAACCUCAUGAUGAACAUGUUAGAGGAGGAGGAGUGCAUGAAGGCCAAACUGCAGGAGAAUAUAGAGAGCUUUGGAGAGGAGCUCAUCAAGCUCUACAAGGAGCUUGGUCUGCCUCUAUACCAGCCUGAGAAGAUGAGCAUGAUACAGCUAGAGAAAGUGCUAAGGACAAAACUGACCUCAGUAAAGAAGGAGAAGCUGGAGAGAAUGAAGUUGCUGAAGGAGUUACGCUCAGAGGACCAGACCCUGUGUGAUAAGCUGUGCUCCACCCCGUACUACAUCCCUACAGGGGUCGUCCCCACCCAGGAGCAGAUCCAGGCCUUGCAGGACCACAUUGCCGCUCUCACAGCAGAGGAGGCCAAGCGAUUUAAGGAAUUCACAACAAUGAAAAGUACUAUUGUCAGCAUAUUGAAAGACUUGGAAAAAGACCCUGACACAUCAUUUGAACGAGAAGUUGUUUGUGAACGGGACGAGUCCUUCAUCCUGUCCCCAGAAAACAUCAUUGCCGUCCAGGAACUCCAGACUGAGCUUCAAACUGAACAGAGGGAGAUUAUGUCGAGGGUGGAAGGUUUGAAGAACCAAGUUGAGACGUUAUGGGAGAGACUGGCACUACCUCAGGAGGAAAGAGAUGCCUUCCUGGUGGCUAACACUGGCUACAAACACACCGUGGUGAAAAAUAUGAGACUGGAAAUUGCCAGAUGUGAGGCUUUGAAGUUGGAAAAUAUGCAAAAGUUCAUAGACAGAGUGCGGAAAGAACUGGUAGUAUGGUGGGACAAAUGUUACUUGAGCCAAGAAGAGAGAAAUGAAUUUACAUCAUUCAAAGACGACAAUUACACAGAAGAAUUGUUAGAAAGGCAUGACAAAGAAGUGACCAAAAUGAAGGCCAGAUAUGAAUGUCAAAAAAACAUUCUUGAAAAGUUAGCGAAGCGAGAAAAAUUGUUCCAGGAAAUGAUUGAAUUUGAGAAAAAAGCUAGUGAUCCUAACAGAUUGUUCAAAGACAGAGGGGGGUCUAUGCUACGGGAAGAGAAAGCAAGAAAGAAAUUGCUAAAGGAACUUCCAAAGGUCGAGCAGGAUGCUAGAGAAGCAAUAUUAGCGUGGGAGCAGAGCAAUGACCAAGACUUCCUGGUCAGGGGAGUGAAGUUUGACGAGUAUGUGGACAAACAAUGGGAGAGUUACAAAGAAGAAAUCGUCAAACAAAAGGAAGAAAGGCAGAAGCAGAGAGCAAAUGGUGACUCUUCCACCACACCGAUCAAACGCCGCUUUAUGGGCACCCCAACAAAAACACCCAACAAACACAGACGGCUGAAUGAGACAGGUCAACGCACGCCCUGUUCCUCCAUCCGUCAGGCACGUUCACACCUCACCAGCACGCUCCUAUCGUCAGCCUGCCGACCCCCAAGACCCUCCCCCUCGGGCAAGACUCCGAGAGCAUUGCAGCGGCGCUCCCAGAGGCUUGCUCGUAGGGCCCUAGGGGAGAUAAACGAGAAGAACAAAGGGGCAAGUGUGCUGUUCAGUCACACGACGGUAAGCGGCACGGACACAACAGACGCUCCCACCGAUAUUACCACCACAGGAUCAUAUCAAGAAUUUGCUAUCAUGCCUAUUGCUGCCUCUCAGAAAGACAAUCAAGUUCGAUAUCGCCACAUUUUGCCCAAGCCACCAGGCUACCCUGGUCAUCUCUUACAUCAUCAUCACAACAGUCAAGUAUCGCCUACCUCUGGUAAUGUGGGAGCGCGUUACAGUCAUGACUCAGCUGCCAUACUUCCAGAAUUGGGACACUUGUCAGCAAUGUCAGCUGCCGCAAACUCUAGUGGUGAAAGCUUUGAACACUUCUUCAGCACACACAGUCCUCCAAUUCUAAACCUCAGUCCCAAUCUAAGUCCAACUGAACCUCAGCGAACAUCUCCAUUUUAUGAUUUACGAGAAACAACAAGACGAAGAAGUUUGCAAGAUCUACAUAAUAGUUACAAUCAACAAAUGCAACAUUCUCCUCAGCUGUACUCAGGAAUACUAGCUGAUGAAUCUGGCAGGAAAAGUGAAAGUCCGAGCCGAAAACGUAGGAAAACGUCAAACAAUGUGAUAGACUUAACUGCAAACUCUCCCAGCCCGCCUCCAAGUAGACCGUGGGAAUCAUCAGGGGACGGUGCCAGGCCUAGUCGCCGUCGUCUGUCCUCGGGACGCAGGGUCUCGGCAGAACAGCGCUGCCACACCCCCAGAGCUCGCAGAAGCCCAGUGACGAGGCGAAGAACCCGAGACAGGAACAGCAUGAUACGUCCAAGCGACUCUCCCGAGAGACGCGCCUUCCAGCCCCCUGUCCUACCCAAUCGUCUUCAACCCAAUCCCUCAGUAUUACAAAGUCUCCCAGGACAUAGACCACACCCCUCCCAGCAGGGGGUCUUUCUAGACAUGGACAGGGUUCCAGUGUCGGCUGCUGUCACGGUGCCCCCAUACGCUAUUCCAGUUUGCAACGGAACGCAUCACAUCCCGGCGUGCACCUCUGCUCAUAUCCCAGUGUGCACCAGCCAGCCCACAUGGUCAAUUCCCUCAUGUAGCGUCCAGCUACCGACAUCUUGUAUACAGCACAUUCCCACAUGUAGCCUCCAGCAACUGCCCAUACCUCAUGCCCUGCCCCCAAUGCUGCCCCAUACACACCAACAUACUCAUCAUGCCUCGCCCCUCCCCUCUCACCAGCACCAUCCCGCUCAUCAUCACCUUCCCCCACCCCCACAGUUCCCUGCCAGCCAUCAUUCACAGCCACGAAGGCUCCAUGAAGAAGAAAUUCAGAUAAUUGCAGAGCACCGACCACCAUACCCUCCUCAUCUGCCCCCAGGCCUCCACCACCAAGGGGCGCCACUCAACCCCUCUCCACCAGUGUUGCUACAGGAGCCGUCGGUUCAUCCCAGCCCGCAUGACAUCUAUGGUCCAUACGGAAGGAUUUCAGGGCGUCGCAGUGUGGGACGGAGUCGGCUGAGAUCAGGUGUACCUGGGCCGCCUGCACCUUACCCAGGGUUCCUUCUACAGUUCCUAGCAAUGCUGGGAAAUCCCCAACUACCGCCUUACGGGAUAUCGAUGGAUAUCAAUGAUGAAGCCACAGAAGUUGAAAACUAUGAGGCGCUGUUGAAUUUGGCGGAGCGUCUGGGUGAGGCUAAGCCUCGCGGGCUGACAAAGCCUGAGAUAGAACAGCUGCCACACUACAGGUUUAACACAGAGAGUCACCGCUCGGACACGGACCAGACGUCCUGCGUGGUCUGUAUGUGUGACUUUGAGAGCCGCCAGAUGUUGAGAGUUUUACCCUGCUCACACGAGUUCCACACCAAGUGUGUGGACAAGUGGUUGAAGACCAACAGGACCUGCCCCAUCUGUCGAGCUGAUGCAUCCGAGACAGCAAGCUGUCAAUCAGAUUGAAGUCUGCGAUGAACCAAAAACGAAACAGUGUCUUUUCAAGGCAAUAAUUAAGUGCUGACCUCUAUUAGCCAUUCUUCCCCAAGUGUUACAGGAGAUGUGGUGAAGUGAAGAGUGUUAUGGCUAAAUAACAUUUAGGCUGCAAGUCUGACACACAGACAGACAGAUGAACGGACGCAAAGAUGGAGGGAAAUCAUGGCUGCUCAGAAACAGUCUCCCAGUGGUACACCAGUCUGAGUUGGAGAAUCAGUCUGCAGUACAGGUGCACACUGAUAGUCUGCAGUACAGGUGUAUACUGGUAGUCUGCAGUACAGGUGUUUACUGAUAGUCUGCAGUACAGGUGUUUGCACAGACUAGUGUUGCUCAUCGGACAAUUGUACCUGAGUUUGAUGUGACCAGUCAUCAGACCCACACGGAAACACAACAUAAUGUUACAUCUUGGUGCAGCUGUGUAAGCCAGAAAGAGACUUUGCCAAAAGAAGAGAGAAAAAACAAACAAUGCAAAUCCGUUAUGUGACAUUUUUGAAACUGUAUUGCAGUAGUAGCCCAGGUCUAUUAUACAAUAUUAAGAUGCUACUGGUCGAUGGAUUGAGCUUGUUCUCCCCCCUAGGGAACACUGUCCCUUCCUUUUUGGUAGGCCGGCCUCGGGUCAGUUCAUUGGUCAUUAAGCUCACAAAGUGCUCGUGCCUUCUUAUACUAGGACUUAGGAAUGAUGAAUACAGGAAUAUGGUAUACUAUGAGGAAACUAUCACACAUACUGGUAGCUUUCUUGUGAAGCAUUUUUUCUAAAUGUUGAUGUUUUGGGUCAGUUUAUUGUGGGAAUAUUUUUGUAAAGUUUUCUUGCUAUAAUGGCGAUCUUAUGUUGUUGUUUUUUUCGUCAUGGAAAUGCAAGAAAUGGGUAUAGAUUUUGCUUGGUGGUUAAAAUUGUAAGUCCUUGUUGUCUACAUGUCCAUGUCUGAAUAUGUUAUUUUUUUUUAACAUGUUUGGUUUUGUGUUUUUCUGUCCGUUUGUAUUAUGUGGACAUUGUUUGUUAAGUACUGUCCUAAGUUGUUGCCAUCUGUGGUAAACAUGUAAAUAAACACAAAAUGUUUAUUGAUGAACACAUGAAAUCGGAGACCAUUGUUAUGUGAGCAAUGUUUAUACCUCGUAUCAAUCUGUCGUAUUUGCCUCUGCAAAUGUUGUAAUCACAAAUAAAAGUUAUAUAUUUUGAAAUGGGCACUGUCCAUUGAACCUAAAUCUACCUCUGGCUUCGGCAUUUACAACAAAUGAAGUUAAAGUUACUUAGGAGAGAGGAGUACGGAGCAGGAUUGACAUACGUAACCUGACCAUCUGUGUAUGUAUGUACAGGAUGUCAUCGGUAUUUUGAAAUAAAGUAGUUUGAUUAAAGCAAUGCUUUCUCACAGAAAUAUUACUGGUUGGCAGUAUUGAUCACUUGAUUUUUCCAUGACCAUGGGAAAUGUUCCCAGGAAUCCAACAUUUGUAGAUCACAACGCUUUUUCAAAAGCAAUCCUCUAAUGUUGAUAAAUUUUUCUAAUACUUCUCCAGAGAAGAAAUACCAACUUAAUUUGUGUAAUCUAAAACAUAUAUAUUCACUAUAUGGAUUCACUCUGUAUGACCAAAGUUUCAUUCCAGUAAAAAAAUUAGUAGGCAUUUCUCUAGAUAGGCCAACUUCUGAAAUUCCUUUUCUCAGAAGCAGAGUAGUUGAAAUCUUCUCACAAAUACUAAAUGUGUUGUAUUGUCUUCUCCUUACGUCAUCAGACUUCUAAUUGGUAGCAAGAACCCAUUUUACUGGAAGUCACGGGCAGUUCUCAGCUUAACAAAGCUUUGAAUUUGAAAUAAUUUAACAAUGCUUGUAUCUGUUCAUAGUAGCUAGGCUAAGAAAAACAAAGGAACAGAAUCUAUACAUUGUAGAGUAAACAAACAGUUCCUUAGAAUUUGUCAUGUAAGCAACAAAUUGUGGUUUGGGGAAAAACGGCAUGCAUUAAGUUGCCAAAUUCAUGACCGCAAGGUUUCUUGGGAGCUACCAUAUACAUGCGUUCUAAUUAUUUUAAAAAACUUGAAUUGUUUCAGGUGGAAUUUUUUUUAUUUACUUUUCAUUUGAUGUUGUAAAUCUUUAUUUUUCAUAGUGGCAUGAUGUAUUUACUUCUUAGCACGUAGUUUUGCAUAAAUGUAAAUACAUGUAACAGAAUUACUUUCACUAUAAUUUCCCAUUAAUUACAUCAGCUAUACAUCAAGUACAACUUCAGUUGAAGAUUCUGUUUUCUCUACAGAAUUGUAAACGCUGUCAUUGGUUUCUCCCUACGUUUCCUGUAUUGGGUUAAGUAUAUAAAUCCUAAAUGACCAAAGAGGUUUCUGUUUAUGGAACAAUAUUUCUUAUCUUAAUAAAAAAAAAUACAGUUUCUGUAAAUACCAAGAGCUACCAAACAGCCACAAGAUCUGAGAUCUUUGGUGAUGCAUGAAGGCCAUCUAUUUUCCUAUUACAACCACAAAACGUUCCAUGUGUUUUGGCACUGGUAAUUAAGAAGUACAUAUUUUGUCUCACAAGCUUGGCCUUUUAAUUAAUUUGUAAGCUUUAUAUUUUUUUUCUCCUUAGAAUAUUAAUAAUAGGUACAUGUAUUAAAGAUGCUGUACUCAACAUAAAUACAUCCCCAUCUAUAAAUCAGUGAUAUUGGAUUGUGUGUACGAACCCUUUACUCUGCUCUACAACAGUGCAGUUAAUCCAGCUGCUUUUGUUGACUAGGUUUCUAGUAUACCGGUAUGUUUUGAUUUAUCCUCAGUUAAGUGUACAGUUAAAUGUAACUCUUUACAAGUUGGUUAACUUUUGAGUUAAGUAUCUGUUGAGGUUGUUUCACUGGUUGUGUAUCUUGUCUGUGGCCACUCUGUGCUCAGUAUCACUAUUAUUUGUAUAUAAAUAUGUAUAUAUGAAGUUCUCAAUUGGUGGUAAUAUGCACGCGUCUGCUCCGUUCAGAAAAUAUCGAUUCUGUACAACCAAGUGCUACAGGUUCUUACAGUAUCAAUGGCAUAAUCUUUUUCAGUGUUCCUUGAAUAAAAACAAAGAAAACUU